CUAGAAGAACAUUAAAACGGAAUAAGGCGCAUGAAGGAAUUGCCAAUAACAUUUGCAUUCAAAUUUCUUUUUCUGUGGGGCUGCGCGUGGAAUAAUUUUUGCAACUUAAUUUGAAGAAAUUAAAUUUAAAUUCAUCGGUUUUAGAUAUCACCCCAUAACGAAAAAAUUGCUAAAGUGAUAAUCGAAAAAAAAAAUUGAAAACAAUUUAAACGCCACCUGAUUUUUUGUUAACCUUAGCAAAAAAAGAAACACUCAAAUACAGAUGAUUUACAACGGACGUGACGUUUCCUUUGUUCCGUAAAACCACAGUUGAGAAGCCUACUUUUAGGCGCGCGCGCGUUUUAUUUGGAGAGAAGUAAAUAGCCACCUCUCACAGAGAUGUUAUAACGGCCAGUGGAUUUUGUUUGCUGUAUAAAGUGUGGCAUAUUUUCAGGCUUAUAUAGAACAUGAAGCAUUCAUCUGAAGCAGUUUUUUUGAAACGUGAUCGUGUUUAAAUACCAGAAUCAAAAAUAACAAAAGCAUUUAAGUUAUAUAAUCCUGUUGAAAAUAAAAACAAAACCUUGUAAAUGUUUGUAUCUAUGGAUUUUUUAAAAAAUAUGAAAAGUGCCCAUGCUUCGGUAUAAAACACGAAAUAGUCCGUCGCAAAAGACGUCCCUACGCUGGGGCGAUAGUUGUGGCCAUUAAACCAAAGAAAACGAAUUAACAACCAACUACAAAAAAAUUGCAGCCUAUUUUUCGUAGACUUUACAAGAGAGAAACUAAAAAAACUAAGGCCACACUAAAAUAUAUUCCUAUUUUAACAAAAAACAUACUUAACUAAUUCACUGAAUUUUUUUUGUGUAUAAAACUCGAAAUUUUAAAAAUCCAUUAACAAAGAAUAAAACCAAAAAAUAGUUACCUGUAAUGUGCUGUGUAUUUUGUUUUUGUUUAUCAUAAAAAAUAAAACAACCUAAGCUAUAAUGUUGCAUAAUUUUAAGCAAAAUCCUAUUUUGGGUUCGUUCGAUUCACUCUAAACCAAAAAGCAAGAAUAUUUUCUAAUUUGUGCGUUAUUAAGUGAUUAUUGUGGUAUCCACCACCAAACCACAUACACAGUUAACAGCGGGAGGAGUAAUAUCAAGAAUCUCCCUCUUUUUCUCUGGGCAAAACGAAAAAAAUUCUUCAUGUAAAAAACUAACAAAAAAAGAACUCCGAAAACGAACGAACGAACAAAUCUCUAAAUUAAGAGUGACAUCAACAACAAAAAGUAUUACACUAAAAUCUCCCAAACGAGCCGAAGCAAAACACAAGGGAGCCAAGUGAAAGCCAUCGCUGUAAACAAAUCGAAAAUUAAUAAUUUACUAAUUAGAGUAGUAAAACUACUUAAGAAGAACAAAUGAGCCAUCAAUCGAUUCGAGCGUCGUCAUCAUCAUCAGCGUCAUAAAUAUUGGAGAGGGAGAUAGAGGAAAAACAAACUAGGCGCUUAGUUUAAUUGAUAGCAGCGAGACAGCACCAGCCACCGUCACCCAGCUGUCCAACCAACGAACCAUCCAUUCAGCCAUCCAUCCACAUAUCGAAAUAAAGAUUACAUCUCUCGGACAAAUAAAUCACCUUCCGUUCCUGUAAGUGGGCAAAGCGUGUGACGUCUGAGAUCGUUGGAUAUUUUGUUGGGUCAAUCGCUUCCAUUGAAUAUUGAUUGAAUUUUAUUGCGUGUCACACACAUCCACCUCAUCAUCAUCUGCAGCGGCAACAGCAGCAGCAACGAAGCGAGUGACGUUUUGAUUGGCAAAGAUGAUUAAUAUCGCCGGUGUUGUGAGCAUUGUGCUCUUUUAUUUGCUCAUCUUAUUUGUGGGCAUUUGGGCCGGACGUAAAAAGGAAGCCGGUAAUGAUUCCGAAGAGGAGGUGAUGUUGGCUGGUCGUUCCAUUGGCCUGUUCGUUGGCAUCUUCACUAUGACCGCAACAUGGGUUGGUGGCGGUUACAUCAAUGGUACGGCUGAAGCUAUUUACACAUCAGGUCUGGUAUGGUGUCAGGCACCAUUUGGUUAUGCCUUGAGUUUGGUCUUUGGUGGCAUUUUCUUUGCCAAUCCAAUGCGAAAGCAGGGCUACAUCACAAUGUUGGAUCCGCUGCAAGAUUCGUUUGGUGAGCGAAUGGGUGGUUUACUGUUUCUGCCCGCCUUGUGUGGUGAGGUGUUUUGGGCUGCCGGCAUUUUAGCAGCUUUGGGUGCAACUCUCUCGGUUAUCAUUGAUAUGGAUCAUCGAACUUCUGUUAUAUUAUCCUCAUGUAUUGCCAUAUUUUACACGCUCUUUGGUGGUCUAUAUUCGGUGGCCUAUACCGAUGUAAUACAAUUGUUUUGUAUUUUUAUUGGCCUCUGGAUGUGCAUCCCGUUCGCUUGGGCCAAUGAUCAUGUGAAGAGUCUAUCAUCGAUGGAUGUCGAUUGGAUUGGUCAUGUGGCACCGGAGCAGAGGUGGUUUUAUAUAGACUAUGGGUUGCUGCUGAUAUUUGGAGGUAUACCGUGGCAGGUAUAUUUCCAACGUGUUUUGUCCAGUAAAACCGCUGGACGUGCCCAAGUUUUAUCCUAUGUUGCCGCAGCUGGUUGUAUUUUAAUGGCUAUCCCACCGGUACUGAUUGGCGCUAUUGCCAAAGCAACUCCUUGGAAUGAGACAGACUACACUGGACCAUAUCCUCUAACGGUGCAGGAAACUAGUAUGAUUUUACCAAUGGUUUUGCAGUACCUUACUCCAGAUUUUGUAUCGUUCUUUGGGCUGGGUGCUGUGUCGGCGGCGGUUAUGUCUUCGGCCGAUUCUUCCGUUUUGUCGGCAGCCUCAAUGUUUGCGCGCAAUGUUUACAAACUGAUAUUCCGACAGAAAGCUUCCGAAAUGGAAAUAAUAUGGGUUAUGCGUGGCGGUAUUAUUGUUGUGGGUAUUAUGGCGACUAUUAUGGCCCUGACAAUACCCUCGAUUUAUGGUCUAUGGUCCAUGUGUUCCGAUCUGGUGUACGUGAUUCUAUUCCCCCAACUGCUGAUGGUGGUACAUUUCAAGAAACACUGCAACACCUAUGGCAGCCUUGCUGCCUAUCUGAUUGCUUUAUUCAUCCGUUUAUCGGGUGGCGAAUCUUUACUCGGUCUGCCAGCCCUCAUCCAUUAUCCGGGCUAUGAUGCAGAGAAUGAAACACAGCUGUUCCCCUUCCGCACAAUGGCCAUGUUAGUUAGUUUAGUGACAUUGGUUGUAGUUUCGUGGUGGACAAAGAUGAUGUUUGAAUCCGGUAAACUGCCGCCAAGUUAUGACGUUUUCCGUUGUGUGGUCAAUAUACCUGAAGAUGUACAAAGAGUGGGAGAACCAGCCGAAUGUGGAGAACAGCUCUCCGUGAUGGCUGGUCCAUUGGGACGAUCGUAUGGUGCCGCCACAAUGGCUGGCAAAGAUGAGCGAAACGGUCGCAUAAAUCCCGCCCUGGAAACGGACGAUGAUCUUCCCGUGGCCGAAGCACGGCGUUUAAAUCAACAAACGGCACAAGAACAGGUACAAAAAAUGAUUAGCUCCGCCACUGGUCAGAAUCGACGAGAUUCCAGUAGUAGUGGAGGAGGUGGAGGCGGUGGCGGCGGUGGUGGCUUUGGUGGAGGUAUGGCAAUGCCAACUGCUGAUCAAGACAAUACUGCCUUUUAAAACCCCAAAAAAUAAAGAAAAAACAAAGCAAAAUCAAGAACUAAAAUUAAAGAAAACGAAAAACAAGCAAAUCAUUCACAAAUUUAGGACACCGACAAACAAACAAGAAAGGCACACAACCAAGGUGUUGAGGAGAUGAAAACAAAAACGAAUUAGAACAUUUAGAGAAAAAACAAAAAACGAUUAGAAACGCUCACCAAAAAAAUAAAUUAGGAUACAAUUAAAGAAACAUAUAAAACCAAAAAUAAUACACCCGAAGAAAAAUCUUAGUUGAAGCAGCAGUCCACACAUUGGCCACAAGCAAUCGAAAUACCCACACAAAUCUAGAUUGGCAAUAUUAGCUGUGGUAUAUUAGAGUUGCCAAUAAUAAAAUUUAAACAUACAUACAACCAUACAAGAAAGACUAAAGAAAUACAACAAAUGUACAUACGAACAAAUAUUCCACAAAACAUACAACAACAAUGAAACUGAUAUAAAUCGUUAAGCAAUUAAUCCCCCCCCCCCUCACCCUUUCUAACUUGAUGUUUAAGACCCCUCUCCCUAGUUCUUGUUCCAAUCAUGUUAUAUUUUAACUAUUUAUCCUAUACCACCUUUAUUAAGAUAUUACGGCUUGUUUUUUGUUAAUUUAGUUUAAUAAUUUUCUAGGAAAGAACAAACAUAGGAAAUUAUUGUUAAGCGAAGAGAAGAGGAAGAAAAACCAAAGAAAUAUUUAUUAGCAAUGUUAGAUGAUGAAGAAAAACAAAAUAAAUGGCUUAUAAGAGAAUUGUUAAAUACUGUCUGUAAGUGCUCAGGUAUUCCACAAGAUAAUGUUUGUUAAUUAUAUACUUAAAUUGAAUAUCUUAUAUCGAAAAUUUACUAUGAAUUAAUUUAUGUUGCAAUUAUUGCAAUGAAAAAACAAAAAGUAUUUCACUAACU